GAAUCCGAAGGGAGACGAGGGGAGAGCCGCUGUUUCCAAUUCACCAUUGCUAUAACAGCCAUUUCAUUCUGGUCAUUUUCCUAGUUUUCAUUAUUUAUACAAUGACUGAGGCUGGAUUCCGAACGACUUGACAUGUCCGUGAAAGAUUUGGGAUUUGGGGAUUUAUCACCGCAAACAAGGAUGUUUUUUCCAAUCUCAUUAAAGACCAAACAAGGCGGGUACAUUUGUAAAUAUAUAGGGCGCCUGCAGGCACGGUGUAGGCUACAUAUUUUCACAUAGGAUCUGUACUCUGUGAACAGAGAGUCCGCAUAUACAUUUAGUUGGAUAUGCAAGAGGAUGUGUUAUCACUGAAAAGAUAAAGACAGCUCCUUGCACUGGAGACUAGAAUGGUCGAAAAAAUGCGUCUCUGUUUUUGAUGGAGAAUCCAACAAGCAGAGCAAGAUCAGUAGACCCUCAAUAAAAGUGUAUUGUGCUGUAGCCUAAUAGGACCACCGUUAUUUUCAGAAUUUAGAUGUAUUUACCAGUGAUAGGAUCCAGUUGAUGACAUUCACCGAGAUAUACGUAUUUGAAAACAGCAAACAUUGUCAGCAAUUGGAAUUUACUCAUUUGUCUAUUCUGCCAGUGUGAUGGGAAUUUAUUGGUGAACAUUGGGAGAGCUUUAUGGAAAACCUGAAGACAUGACAUGCACACGAAAAAAGAGGAAACGAUACUUUUUGUUCUUUAAAACCUGUGUUUAUUUAAGAAGUCUGCAAAAAGCGACAUUAUUUUUGCAUUAAAAGAUCUGGACGAUUCUAUGGAGGUGACAAUACCCUGUAUUAAUUAAUUCAUCUAUUCUUUAUGUUUUCAGUAAUUUGUCAUUGUGGAUUAUAUUUGGAAUUGACGCUCGUUUUGUUGAACCCUCUAUGCCAUUUACUGUUGCUUUACUUGAUCUUUGAAUCCUUAUAAUGUGGACCGCAACAAGCUCCCCAAACGGCCUAGAAUAAAACCGUAAGCCUUUGUCUCGAGGACAAGUAUAAUACAUAAGGAGCUGACUCUGUAAGAAGAAGAGGCACCGAGGGGUAGCGCAACAGGAAACGAGGGGCUCAGUGCAAAAUGGGGCAAUGCAGAGUGAAGCGCUCCGGUUCCAUGUGAGCUCAAGAGGAGAGGCAACCACGAGGACGAACGAAAGGGCAGCUGGAGGAGGAGGAGGUGGCGGAGGAGGAGAGGGAGAAGGAAGAGGGGUGGAUUUCAGGAGAAAAGAGGGCUUGACACGGGAUCCAAAGGGAUGGCCAAUGGCAAUGACAGCAGCGAGGGGCUCGGCGGUCCCCUGGCUGCAGUGGUGGCCACGACGGGAGGAAUGGCAGUCGGGGGCCCGUCGUCGGCCGUGUCCACAUACAUCAAACUGGUCCUACUGGGUCUGAUCAUCUGCAUCAGCCUGGUGGGGAACCUGGUGGUGUCGCUGUUGGUCCUCAGGGACCGGGCCCUGCACAAGGCCCCCUACUACUUCCUGUUGGACCUGUGCCUGGCUGACACCAUCCGCUCAGCUGUCUGCUUCCCCUUCGUGCUGGUGUCCAUCAAGAACGGCUCGGCCUGGACCUACAGCGUGCUCAGCUGCAAGGUGGUGGCCUUCAUGGCUGUGCUCUUCUGCUUCCAUGCUGCCUUCAUGCUCUUUUGCAUCAGCGUGACGCGUUACAUGGCCAUCGCCCACCACCGCUUCUACACCAAGCGCAUGACCUUCUGGACGUGCGUGGCAGUGGUGUGCAUGGUGUGGACGCUGUCAGUGGCAAUGGCCUUCCCACCCGUCUUUGAUGUGGGCACGUACAAGUUCAUCCGCGAGGAGGACCAGUGCAUCUUCGAGCACCGCUACUUCAAGGCUAAUGACACACUGGGCUUUAUGCUGAUGCUGGCCGUGCUGAUCCUGGCUACGCACGUGGUCUAUAUGAAGCUGCUGCUCUUCGAGUACAAGCACCGCAAGAUGAAGCCCGUCCAGAUGGUGCCAGCCAUCAGCCAAAACUGGACCUUCCACGGGCCCGGGGCUACCGGCCAGGCGGCAGCCAACUGGAUCGCGGGCUUCGGCCGGGGCCCCAUGCCGCCCACCCUGCUGGGCAUCCGGCAGAACUUGCACAACCAGAACCGGCGACUGCUGGGCAUGGAGGAGUUCAAGGCGGAGAAGCAGCUCGGGAGGAUGUUCUACAUGAUCACCCUGUUGUUCCUGGUACUGUGGUCGCCCUACAUAGUGGCCUGCUAUUGGCGGGUGUUUGUCAAGGCCUGCACCAUACCGCACCGGUACCUCUCCACCACCGUAUGGAUGAGCUUUGCCCAGGCAGGGGUCAACCCCAUCGUUUGUUUCUUCCUCAACAAGGACCUGAAGAAGGGUCUCCUGGCCCACCUGCCAGCCUGCUGUAGGACUAAACCUCAUCUGCCCCGAGAGCCUUACUUCGUCAUGUGAUGGGGACGGUGGGCGGUCUUUACCUGGGGAGGGUGCGGAGGGGCGGUGGCAGGGAUGUCUGUGAGUGGUUAGGAUGGCAUGAGGGACCAUUUUAGUUGUUGUGGCCUUUGAUUCAGUGCAAGAUGCUUUAAAAGUGGUGGGUUCAAUCGGGAACUGCUGAAGUGGUGAGAAUUUCAGAAUUUCAUUUCACCUCCGUGUGAUGUAUCUAGGUUUCUCCUUGUCAGAGAAGCUUUUGAAACUCAUUUGGGAUGUUCUAAAUUCUUCUUAAAAAGGCAUGUGGUUGCGGCAGUGUAGAAACCAUGAAACCAAUUGUUGGUCUAAAAUUAUUAUAGGAAGAAUGUUUUAUUUCAUAAUUCUAUUAUCAAACCAAAAACACCUUUGACCCCUGCGUAUAGAUUUGGCCUUAUUUGAGAUCAGUUACAUUGCUAACUGACAUAAAAAAAAAAAGCUUUUCCUUUUUUGGCCUUGGUCAGGAAACUAAUUUAAGAGAGGGAUUCCUUCUCCACACAGACAGAAUACGAGACUAAACCAACAACUCAAACAGUCAAUCUCAGAUGCAUGUUUGUAUUCUAACUUUUAAUGUGGCGAGGCCAAGAUAAUUAUCCUUCUGGGCCUUCUAUUGUGAAAGAGAUUGAAGUGAGGGUGGCAACAUUUCUGUAGGUUGUGGGGACAACCUGGUCGUUUUGCUCAGUCACUCCCUCGUCUGUUCUCUCUCAGACCAAAAAUGUCAGAUGGUCCUCUGACGAUUUGCUAGUGAAUGACUAAUAGGAGAGUGUGCUAGCACUGCUUCCUUCAUCUGCUUGAAUCAAAGGCAUCAGUAACACAGUCAAACAGAGAAAUUAUGAGUUUUGUACAAAUAGCAUACUCAGGCACUGUUGGCUUCAUUUGGGAUUUAUUUGGGGUUUCUCAGAUUAAUUAUUAUGUUUAUUUAUUUGUCCAUCUUGAAAUAUCUUGAAAAAAUGUCUACAUUCAUUUCGAUGCUUUGCACAACUAAUACCCUUGAAAGAAAACUUGCAGGAUUUAGUCGGCGGAAGUAGAAACUGACAAGAGGCUAUCAUGAAAAGACAACAAGAGUUAAUAUGGCACGGACAUACGUUAUGAACACCUGCUAUUACAUUCUAAUUUGGUCUAACACUUCCAAUGAAUAAACUAUGGGAAAUGGGGAAAAUGUUAAAAGAGCUGCCAUCGAGAACAGUUGGAUCUUGUGUUCAUUAGCGUUUAACAAAAAUGAGCAGAUAAUAAUUGUGAAGUGUUAAUAGGCAGACAGAAUUAUGAAGUACAUGUUUAGCUGAUAUGUGUUAUCCCUUUAUUUCUGAGAAUAACUUAAACAGACCAAUGCCCCAAUCAGUGACAAACUGAGAACUUGAGACCACUUUAUAAAAGAAAAACAAUGAUAAAUUGACAGAAAAUGCUCUAUGCUCUUGCUAAAUUCCUUUUGCUGCAUGUGGUAUUGUUGCAGAUGAUUGAACCUUGGAAAUCUCUUUUAUAAAUCUGAAAUUGUUUAAAAAGACAGUUGAUAGUAAAUGUUCAUAAAAGCUAAACCAGAAUGUUUAGAUCUUCAGAUAGGAUAAAGUUAUUUAUCUUUGAUGACAUCAUCACUUCACAUGAAUGUCUUGGUAGAGAGGUAGGGGAAAAUAUGGCCAAUUUAUAUUUUUGCACACAUUUGAGAAUUGAUGAUAAAUCAAUUGUUUUUUUCUUAACAUGAUUUAGACUUGAACCAGAAUGCGAACCAAGUGUAGGCCGGGACACAGAGAUUGUAAUAUCUUAAGUGAAUGUCAAGCAGAGGUCUGGAAUGUGAUACUAUCCCUUUGUGGGUACAAAUGUACGUUUAUUUUGGUUUUCUAAAUGCUCUAAUGUUGUCUGCAAACAAUAACAACAACAAAAACGAACAAUAACAAUGAAAAAGCUACAGAUAAUUGAAUUGUUAUUUCUAUUAUCUGCAUUAUGGCCUUACUCUCUCGCUCUCUCUCAAAAAAAAGGUUUGUUUAUAACCAAUGCAAGAAAGAGUUGACAGCUGUAUGCCUCUAUGUGUUGAAGUAAUAAACAUCAAGGGAUUAUUCCAACUAAUGGGGAAACACAACACUGUGUAAUUAAUUACUUUCGGAGGACACACCUCUCCUCCUCGCAAUCUUAAAAAAAACUCCAGUCAAAAACUUUAACAAGGAUUGUAAUAAAGAAAAAACAUUUGCUAAAUUGUAACACAGGAGUGUGCAAUUGUGUGUAAAGGACAGAGGAAACUUUAAUCCAACACCGACAAUUAAUGGAAUUAACAAAAGCCCUUCCUGGAUUAUUGUGGAUUUAUUUUUGUUGUUGUUUCUUCUCUUAUCAGUCAGUGGGAGGGGAGGAGGUGAGGGAAUGAGGCUGGUGUUGUGUAUUGAUCUAUGAAAACAAGGAUUUAAAAAAUAUGUGUUUUUUGGGGUUGGUUGGUGUUGGGGAGGAAAGGAGGGAAGGAGGGAGACCGGGAGUGAUUUUUUGAUAAGCAGAAAUGCCUGACAGUGCUUUUUUAGUUGCUUCAGGCACACUAUCUUUUGUAAAUUAUCUAUGACCUCUGUACUAUUUAACGUGUAUUAUAUGGACAAACUUGGAAUUGAGGGGGGGAAGGAAGGGUUUCCUGGUCAUCAUAUUUAUACCACGUGUGUGAGUGUUUCUGUAUGCAAGUAUGAAUGUGCGUAUGUUAGAGGCUAGAGGGAUGAAAACAAAGGACAUGUGGGAAAUAGAAUGGCCAGAAAUGUUGCAUUUUGAAAUGUCACUCCUGCAAAUGCUUAUUCAGUCUUUUUCAUCCUAAGCCUGUUCCUGACACAGAGAAUUGAAUGUGCUAAAACCAAUGAGGUUCAUUCAAAAACCUGAGGCGAGUGUCUUCUUAAACCAUUCAACUGCAGAGCCUCAAGAGGUAGCCUAUAAACAUUUUUACACAUGCAGUUCCUCUAAAUUGGGCUACAGAGCCUUCUAUCUCAAUGCAGAUUCUGUUCUUGCAUACAUAUGUGAAUAUGAAGGGUGAAGUCGGUUUGAGAUUGUGUCUUUAUUUUAUUUUUUAUUUCACCUUUAUUUAACCAGGUAAGCUUGGGGCGAGUGGUUCUACCCACACAGCUACUAUGAUUAUUGCACUCUUAUUAAUUUCCAAUGUGUCUCAGUGAAAGGAAUAACAUCAUAUAAAAUAAUUGUAUAUGUGAUCUUGGCUUGGGGUGUAAAUUUGAAAUACACUGCAUUAUGUUGGUCAUAGAACUAACAUUCAAAUUGUCUCUUCUGUAGAGUUUUGGCUUUGUAAAAGCCCAAAGCCAGUCAUUAGCCAAUUUGACAUCUGAAUGUCUUAUUUAAUAACUCACUGAUUUUACAGUGUGGCUGUAGUUAUUAUGACCCAGUAUGUGGACAGACAACAUACAUACUGAUGUUCUGGAUAAAAUAAAAUGACUGAAAAAGCUGUCUCCUCAGACACAUGUGCAACCACAGUGUUAUUAUACAUUAAAUCUAUGAAAAGAGACUCAUGAGGAUAGUCAUGUACACUACCAGUCAAAAGUUUGGACACACCUACUCAUUCAAGG